AUGUACUUACCAAGAAGAGAAAGAGGAAUGAUUAAAAAAAUAAUUUUUGUUGUUUCUGCCUAUUGGAUUAUUUCCAUUUCUUUGGUGUUUAUCAAUAAAUGGUUAUUGAGUGAUAAGUCUGUAUCGAUAAAUGCACCGAUAUUCAUUACUUGGUUUCAAUGUGCAGUUACAGCAUGCCUAUGUUAUUUAACAUCGCAUGCAGCUCUACUUUUGCCUAGUCAUGUGAAAUUUCCACCGUUGAACUUUUCUCUCAAAACCUCUAUUGAAGUCUUGCCGCUGUCUAUAAUAUUUGUUUCAAUGGUCUGUUUUAAUAAUCUAUGUUUGAAGUACUUGAGUGUCUCGUUUUAUUUUCUCGCACGAUCACUAACUACAAUAUUCAAUGUUAUUUUCACUUAUUUACUGCUAAAUACGAAAACUUCAGUCAGGGCAUUGAUUUGUUGUGCUGUCAUUAUUCUUGGAUAUUGUUCUGGAGUGAUUGUUGAAGGUAAUUUAGGUUCUUUAAAUUGGAUUGGAUUAAUGUUUGGCGUUGCAUCGAGUAUCACUUGUGCAUUGAAUUCUAUCUACACAGCAAAGUGUUUACCAAAAGUAGAAGGCAGUGUAUGGCGACUUACACUUUACAAUAAUCUCAAUUCAAUCGUAUUAUUAAUCCCUAUGAUUGGCUUAUUGGAGUAUCAGCCGAUUAAGGAACAUCUUUUCCAUGUCAGCGUUUACUUCUGGUUUAUUAUGGUAAUCAGUGGAAUAUUUGGAUUUUCUAUCGGUUACAUCAGCACAUUGCAAAUUCAAGUGACCAGUCCAUUAACUCAUAAUGUUUCUGGUACUGCCAAAGCAGCUGCACAAACAGUAUUAGCUGUAAUCGUCUAUCAUGAAAUCAAAUCACUUUCAUGGUGGCUUAGUAAUGUUGUUGUUUUAGGCGGAUCAGCAGUUUAUGCAGCUGUUCGACAUUUAGAAAAUGAACAAAAAUCCAAAGGAUCAGUGAAUUUCAAUCGAAAUGAUAAUAAUUCUUUUGCUAGUGUGAUUGUUGUUGGUGGUGGCGAUGAUCAUAAUGCUAAACGUGAUCUCAAUCAUAACAAUGGUAGUGA